UCUUCACCUCCGACACAAGUUCUUCACCUCUUUACACCCCCUCUAGUUCAGCUUCUAACUCUCUUGACUCAUUAAAUGUAUCUGAAUCCGAUGUUCAGUCUUUGUUGUCCAAUUUGUCACCCUCUAAGGCUAUUGGUCCAGAUGGUAUUCCAGCUUACCUUCUAAAGCGAUGUUCUGAGGUAAUUGCCCCUUCUUUGACUGCUCUCUUUGAGUUAUCUCUUCAGCAGGGUGUUUUUCCUUCUGAAUGGAAAGCUGCUAAUGUCGUGCCUAUACCCAAAAAGGGUGACACUCAUGAGGUCACUAACUACAGAUCAGUUUCCUUACUCUCUCAAGUCUCAAAAGUUCUCGAACGUUUAAUUUUCAGGCAGGUUUCUUCUUUUGUUGAAAACUCCUUGUACGACCUUCAACACGGCUUUCGUUGUCAAAGGUCGUGUGUUACUCAACUUUUGAGUGUACUUCACGACCUUGGUCGUACUCUUGACUCUGGAAAGGAAACAGACCUGAUUUAUCUCGACUUUGCUAAAGCGUUUGACUCUGUGUCCCAUAGCAAACUUUUGUUCAAACUCAAAUCGUUUGGUAUCUCAGGUCCACUUCUUAACUGGUUUGCUGAUUACCUUCGUGAUCGCAAACAGUGUGUUGUCGUUGAAGGAGCUUCCUCGUCUUUUCUUAAUGUUACCUCUGGGGUGCCACAAGGUAGUGUAAUAGGUCCACUUUUAUUCAUUCUUUAUGUAAAUGACCUUCCCGAGGUAACCAAUAAUAGUACCGUUGCACUUUUUGCUAAUGACAGCAAGUGUUAUCGUGCUAUACGAUCACCAGUUGAUCGUGGUCUCCUUCAGCUUGACCUGGACGCUAUGUCCAACUGGUCACUUAACUGGAAAAUGAAAUUUAAUGUCUCGAAGACGCUCCUACUUAGGAUAUCCCGCAAACGUAACCCUCCAACUCAUUGCUACUUUCUUAACAACGAUCCAGUUAAGAGCAUAGCUAACCAAGUAGACUUGGGUGUUGUUAUCAGCAAUGACCUAAAGUGGUCCCCUCACAUCGCCAGCUGCACUGCAAAAGCCAAUCGUAUGCUUGGUUUUCUUCGUAGGAAUUGUACGCAAAUGCCUGAUAUUCGCUGGCGUAGGCUUCUUUAUCUUGCUCUCGUCCGAUCUCAUCUGUCAUAUGGUAGUGAGAUCUGGGCACCUCAAGGAUCGUCACGUGAUCUUGCGAUCAUCGAGGGUGUUCAAAGACGAGCUAGUAAAUUUAUCCUUCAGGAUUAUGAGUUGCCAUAUCCUGAACGCCUUAAAAAGCUUAAUUUAUUACCAAUAUCCUACUGGAUGGAACUAAAGGAUCUCGUCUUCUUUUUUAAAUGUAAGCACGGUCUCUUCGACCUAGAUAUCUCCUCUUUCGUCACUUUUUCUUCAAACAGCUCGUCUCACACCCGUUCAAGUUCGGACAACUUGCUUCGUGUCAAUCAUUGCAGGACUUCUCUCUUUAGGAACUCUUUUUUCAACCGAAUAGUCUUUCUCUGGAAUAAUCUCUCUCCUACCAUUCGUAAUAGUUCAUCCGUUUCCUCCUUUAAAAACAGACUAACUGUUCAUUACUCUUCUCUACUUCAUUCAUCUUUCGAUGUAAACAGAAUGCGCACUUGGAAAACCUCCUGUUCUAAGUGCCCCUCUCUUUCAACUUAAGCUGUUGUUCGUAAUUCGUCAUGUUUUCUGUAAAUUUUAUAUUUGUUAUCGUCUUUGAUUUAUGUUUGUUAUAGUUUGUUUUCAUUAAGGUUGGUCUUCAUAUGGGGCCAUUCAUGUCCUGUUGACCAUACCUUCAACCAUAUUAUGUAGUUUUUUUAGUCUAUUUUAUGUAUGGUUGUAAAGUUAAUAAAUAAAUAAAUAAAUAUUUGAAUAAACUGCGUCUCACUGAAUGAUACUGUGUUACUGACCGUUGUUUUAUAUCCACGAAAUAUCUUCUCCAAAAGUUAAACUUUGUAACAAGGAGCUCGAAGGUAAAUCCUUCAAAAGCUUUGAGCAAAUAAUGCCAAAAAAUUGCGCGUGAUGCAUAACUUAUGCUCCUACUUGCUUUGUGAUUGGCUGUUGGUUUUAGUUAGGAUACAUAAAAGCUUUUCAUUGGCUAAAAGCGUUUCUUUCAUUAAUAUUCACGUGAACACAAUGCUGCUUCAAGAAAAUAACCUUUGACCCACCAACAAUACAUGGAAAUAUGUUUGCGAUGUUACUUUGAGUGCAUAUCCACACCGGGCGAGCUUGAAAAAUAUGCCCGGCCACGGUGGGAUUCGAACCUACGACAUUGGUAUUGAAGGAACUAGAUACUGUUCCGAAAUAUCACUUACUCGAACCGUCCUGACCGCGUAGCUCAGUUGGAAGAGCAUUGGGCUAGUAUUCCAAAGGUCGUAGGUUCGAAUCCCACCGUGGCCGGGCAUAUUUUUCAAGCUUGCCCGGUGUGGAUAUGCACUCAGAGUAACAUCGCAAACAUAUUAUUCACCUGAGUACACAACACCAACACAGAAAAUUCAUAUUACUAGAACACAUUGGUAUUGAAGGAACUAGAUACUGUUCCGAAAUAUCACUUACUCGAACCGUCCUGACCGCGUAGCUCAGUUGGAAGAGCAUUGGGCUAGUAUUCCAAGGUCGUAGGUUCGAAUCCCACCGUGGCCGGGCAUAUUUUUCAAGCUCGCCCGGUGUGGAUAUGCACUCAGAGUAACAUCACAAACAUAUUAUUCACCUGAGUACACAACACCAGCACAAGAAAAAAUUCAUAUUACAAGAACACAUUGGUAUUGAAGGAACUAGAUACUGUUCGGAAAUAUCACUUACUCGAACCGUCCUGACCGCGUAGCUCAGUUGGAAGAGCAUUGGGCUAGUAUUCCAAAGGUCGUAGGUUCGAAUCCCACCGUGGCCGGGCAUAUUUUUCAAGCUCGCCCGGUGUGGAUAUGCACUCAGAGUAACAUCACAAACAUAUGUAUAUAAUACUUUUCUUAAAGGUCAACGUUUCAUGGUUAUAGACCCUUUUCAUAAAUGGCUGCCGAUUAAAAAUUCUUUUAUGUGCAUAUAAAUUGGCCCAACUAGCCUCGUUUCUGGGUAGAAAUUCCUUUGAAAUCUUAACAUGAGUACGAGGCUAGUUGGGCCAAUUUAUAUGCACAUAAAAGAAUUUUUAAUCGGCAGCCAUUUAUGAAAAGGGUGUAUAAGUUUCGACUUUCUGAGGACAACCUUAAUUACGUCAUGAUCAAUAAUCGCUAUACAUAUGUUCGCUACCUCAUGCAAAACAUACUAAAUUUUCCAUAGAAACCCGUCCGUUAAAGACAAGAAAAAAUACUUACUAGUACCAGGGUCAUCAGCUGCAACAUUAUGGCUUGUAGUGGGAGUAAAUUCUGAUAUAGGUGGUAUAUCUUCCAGGGAUACAUACUCUCUUUCAUUUGAAUGCAGACCUUGUUGGGCUAAGAACGAUGAAUCUUCAUGA